AGUUUCAACUUGCAACGCAAACCUAACGGAACAAAUCAAAACGAAAAACGCGUCAAGCAAAACUUAAAACAAAAAGAAAAGAAUUAAAAAAACAAGUUAAAAUAAAGUUGACACUGAAACUAAACAUUUGAUGAGUAUUUAAAAAUAAAUAUUAAAAAAUAUAAUAAUAAACAUUUAAAUAUAUUCUAACAACAAAAAAAAAUUAUGCAAACUUUCCAACAACAUUAAGAACACAAGUUAAAUUUUUCUGAAUAUUUAAAAUAAAUAAAUAAAUAAAAACUAUUAAUUCAAAUCAAAAAUAUGAAAUUUGUUUAAAACAAAUUUAAAGUAUAAAAUCAAAUGAUUCUCAUCAUAAAAUGCUGAGAAUCCCAUUAAUACUAAAAAAACAAACAAAGAAAAAAUAAACAUCUUUAAAAAUAAAAAAAGAGAAAAAUAUAAAAAAUUAAUGCAUAUUUUCUACGUGAUUAAAAACAACAUCUAUGGGAAUUUUAAAUUCCAUAAGCAACAAAGUAAAAAGGAGGAAAAAUCUGUAAAACAGAAAAUACUAUACGAAACAACACCCUAAAGUACAGCACUCAAUUGCAAACUCCUUCUACUUCCCUUAUAAAGGUAGCAGUAAUCAGUCAACCAACCCAAAAAAUAUUACAUUAAACACAACAAUUCAAAGAACUAUUCACGAGGAGAAAGAGAGAGUGCGUGAUGCCAAUGGAUAAUAAUACAAAUAAACUCAUAAACAAUGGUUAUCUACGAACACCAAACAUUACCAAAAACAAUGGACAUGGCUCAGCCAACACCAGCAACAGAACUAAUAAUGUCGAUGAUGAUGGAGGUGGUGGUGGCGGCGGCGGUGGGGGUAGUGUCUCAAUAAAAGAUAAUGAUGCAACUACUGUAAUAUCACCUUUAUUAGGUGCUGAAAAGAAAUCGUCAGAAUUGCCCGAAACAGAAGUCAUGAUGCAUCACUCAUCAACGCCACAGCUACAGCAACAACAACAACAUUCACCUAUAACAGCAGCAUGUGCCAAUAAUGUGGGUCAUAUGAAAUUUCCCACUGUCGUCUAUUUGGGCACCGAUAGUGGUAAACCCCUGGCAAGUGUUGGCGUUGGAUCCAAUACAAAUGCCACAAGAACAACACUACAACACAAUGCCCCUGUCUCCUAUAACAUCUCAUCACAUUCACCCCAUUCAACACCACAUCAGAGCGAAUGGUUACUUAAAGAAUCCACACUCCGAUGUCGAUUGUUGGUUUUAGCUGUUGCUUUAACAGUUUUAGGGGCUGCAAUUGGAGCUUUAGCUAUUUAUUUUGCUGGCAAUUAUCGUUGUCAAACCACAACAACGCAUACAAUAGAUAAAAGUCGAAAUAUCAACGGCAACAUCAAGAACUACAACAACAUGAAUAUCACUGGAUUGACGUUUGAAAGAGAUGAUAUUUGCCUGACAGAGGAAUGUGUAAGAACGGCGGCAUAUUUACUAUCGGCGAUGGAUACUUCUGCCAAUCCCUGUGACAAUUUCUUUCAAUAUGCCUGUGGAACAUGGAAUAAAGUCCACAUAAUACCAGAAGAUCGAAGUUCAAUAAGUACCUUUGAGGUUCUGGCAGAUCAACAACAAGUUUUACUGAAAGGUGUUUUAGAGGAACCUAUUAAUGACAUGGAUAACCAGGCCACGAUUAAGGCGAAAAUGUUUUACAAAAGUUGUAUAGAUAUACCCCAAAUACGCAAAAUCGGCGAAGGCCGUCUUAAGAAAGUUCUAAAAUCUUUGGGUGGCUGGCCGGUAAUAGAUCCCGACUGGAAAUCACCAAAUAUGACAAUUGAAGAACUGAUAGGCACUCUCAGAGGCACAUAUGGUGAGCCUGUACUAGUGGAACUUUAUGUGGGAGCAGAUGAUAAAAACUCUUCGAUACAUAUUUUACAAAUCGAUCAAUUUCCCUUAGCAUUACCUUCAAGAGAUUAUUAUCUCAAGUCUAGCAGUGAGCAUGAUCUAAAAGCCUAUCAUCGUUAUAUGACCCAAACAGCCAUUCUAAUGGGUGCUAAUCCUAAAACUGCAGCCGAAGAACUAAAUGAUGUUUUGCAAUUGGAGGUGAAAUUAGUGAAUGCCACUUUGCCAGAAGCCGAUCGUCAUGAUACCAGUGCCAUUUAUAGAAAAAUCAGUUUAAAGGAAUUACAAGAGGAAGUGCCGCAAAUCAAUUGGAAUUUAUUUCUACAGACCGCCUUGGGUAAAGAUAUAGUUUUAAAAGAUAAUGAGGAAUUAGUUAGUUAUGCCAUGCCUUAUUUGGUGGAUAUGGGUAAGAUACUCAAGGAAACGGAUGAAAGGGUUCUGCACAAUUAUGUGUUAUGGCGUUUGGUUAUGUCCAUCAUGACUCAUAUGAUUGAUGAUUAUCAAAAGGAAAGGGUAGAGUUUCGUAAAAUUUUGUUGGGUAUACAAACGGAAAGAGUACGUUGGUCUCAGUGUGUAGACUGGACGAAUAAAAAACUGGGCAUGGCUGUGGGGACUUUAUUCAUAAGAGAUAAUUUCAAUCAGAAUAGCAAAGAUACAGCUUUGGAAAUGAUUCAUACGAUAAGAGAGGCUUUCAAUGAACUGCUCAGUGAAAAUCAUUGGAUGGAUGAUGAAACCCGGGCGGUGGCCAAAGAGAAGGCGGAUACCAUGAAUGAGCGCAUUGGUUAUCCGGAGAUCUUAACAGAUGCUAAGGAAUUGGAAAAGGAGUUUGCAAAUUUGACCAUAGUUCCUGAUAAUUUUAUGGAAAAUGUCUUGAGUAUUUUAAAAUGGGAAUCGGAGAAAAAUAUGCAGCUUUUAAGACAACCAGUGGAUAAAGAAAAAUGGACUACAGAGCCGGCAGUGGUGAAUGCUUUCUAUAAUCCUAAUAAAAACGAUAUAGUGUUUCCUGCGGGCAUUUUACAGCCCUUGUUUUAUAGUCAACAUUUUCCUAAAUCUUUGAAUUAUGGCGGCAUAGGAGUGGUAAUAGGUCAUGAAAUUACCCAUGGUUUUGAUGACAAAGGACGCCAAUUUGAUAAGGACGGCAAUAUGAUGCAAUGGUGGAACAAUGCCACCAUAGAAGCCUUUCGUGAACGUACCCAAUGUAUUAUAGAUCAAUAUUCCAAAUAUAAAAUCGAUGAAGUGGGCUUGUAUAUGAAUGGACGCAUGACCCAGGGUGAAAAUAUAGCCGAUAAUGGCGGUUUAAAACAAGCUUUUAGGGCCUACAAAAAAUGGGUACAACGCCACGGACCCGAACAACGUUUACCCGGUCUUAAUCUUACCCACGAUCAGCUAUUCUUUUUAAAUUAUGCCCAAAUCUGGUGUGGUUCCAUGCGUCCCGAAGAUGCUCUUACAAAAAUACGUUCCUCUGUACAUUCGCCUGGAUCAAUUAGAGUUCUAGGUCCACUAUCAAAUUCAAAAGACUUUGCCGAAGCAUAUCAUUGUGAAUUGGGUUCACCCAUGAAUCCCAUCGAGAAAUGUAGUGUGUGGUAAUACCGAAGAAUGUGUAUGGUAUAUUUUGGACCCUGCCAAACGCUCAAAAUGGAUAUAAUUAACUGACGCAUACACAAACACAAACACAAACACAUAUGUACUUAAAAAUCACUUACACAUACAUAAUCAAAUCACUAAGCAACUAAAAUCAAAUAAAUAAUAAUUAAGAGAUAACAAGAAUGAAUAAAAGAAGAAGAACCCAACAUGCAUAAAUACACAAAAUUUCAAUAUCCCUUCAAAUAAAACAAAACAAAAAAAAUGCAUUAUGAAUUUAAGUAAAUUAAAACUAAAAUAAAUAUA